GAUCCUUAACCCACUGAUUGAGGCCAGGGAUUGAACCCACAUCCUCUUCAAUACUAGUCUGGCUCUUAACCUGCUGAGCCACAGUGGGAACUCCCAACUCUGUACCUGUUUGCUGGUGUAGACUGGGGUCAGGACAGGACACUAAAUGGGAAGUUCAGGGCUGGGUCCUGGCCAAGGUGGGGCUCAUUAGGGCUUGGUUGGUCUGUGUCUGCUGUCCCCCCUCUUAUAUUCCAACAUAGGUGCAGGGGGAGUCUUGGGCUUCACUUACUGAUGAUCUGCACCAGGACAUAGGUCCCACGCUCCUGCAGCAGGACGCUGGCCAGGGAGUACGCUGGGGAAGGGCCCUCCUCCAGUCCCUCACCCAGGUUCACCAGGUGCCCAUCCUCAGCCAGGAGAGCAAUGGUCGCUGGGAGGGCAGAGAGGGAGUCAGGGCAGGGCUGGUAUCUCUGCCUGGGGACCCUCUGCUGGUCCUCCCAGCACCCCUCCCUGCCUCCUCACCAUCUGGGGGAACCUGGCCCUUCUGCCUCAGAUGGGCUGUGAGGGUCACCACGCUGCACCAGGGAUUCACCAGCUCCCAGCAGCCGGCUGUGGGGGAGGGGCAGAAGUGAGGGAACAGAACCCUCUAUUUCCCCCCAAACAGGGACCCUUCACCUCCCUCCACUACAGAGAAGGAAUGGGGCUAUGGGAUAAGGAAUGUACCUCCCUCCAUCUCCCCAGAUGUCAGUGACAGGGGUGCACAAUUCCUUCCUCUGCAUUGGACCCUCCACUCCCACCUUAGCCCCACCUCUGGGACCUGACAGCCCCCCACCCCCACCGCACACCAACCCUGCCAACUAAAACUAGAGCUUCAGGUCUGUCAUGCCCCCUGAAGCUUGAGGACCACUGACUAGCUUAAGAGAUGGAGCAGUUAGCAAAUAUGCUCCAUUGUUAGUGGGGGGCAGUGGCCUGGCGGGAGCAGUCCUAGAGGAGCCCGUGUGAAUUUCCCAGGAUGCAGUGGGGCCUCCCCUCAAGGGACUCGAUCCAGCCACUCGCAUCCCCCUCCCACAUGCACCCCCUUCACAAUGCCUGACUACACUCCCCCAAGGCAAAGGGAAUGUACCCCCAUUCUUCUGCCAGGACAGGGGACCCCACUCACCUCCAAACAUCACGGUGACAAACAUGGCUGCAAGGAGGGGAGGGGAGACAGAUGUGGGGGCUUUGAUCUCUCAAUCCCCAACUUCCCCACUAAGGAACAAGUUAGGGCCAAAGCCCUGGGGGAGAUGUCUGGUGGGGGAUUAGCGAUGGGUGGGUCCAGGUUGAGUUCCCUGCUCAGCUGCCCUUGAGGCUGGGCUCCACCAGCCCAGGGGGUCCCUACAGCUCAUCCAGAAUCCUUGGCCUCCCCUUCCUCCUGCUGUCUGCAUCAGAGCAGCCAGCAAAAUCUAAGGCCCUCACAGCUUCCAAGCUGGUCUCCAUGGCAGUGGGAGCUGCCAAGACAUCCAGGCAGGAAAUGCCUUCCCCCAGUAUCCUGGUUACAGGAUCUGGGGAGGGUAUGGACCCUCCCUGACUCAGAGCUAUUGUGGGGGCUGGAGCCUCUGGCCCUGGGAUGUCCAUAGACCACACCCGCUUAGCUUUUCAGACAGAGCUCCUAUACUGAAAGUAAGGAAGGUUCCUGGGGGUGGGGUACUGGCUGUGGCUUUGGCAGAAAUGGGGUCCUCACGGACUUUGCAGGCUCCCUUCCAACUCAAGGCCCCUUUCCCUGGGCUCACUCCCAGCCUCCUCCUCUUCUGUUCUUGUUCCUUUCCUUUUUCAGUCAAGUUUAUGGAGGUAUGAUUUGCAUACAAUAAAAUUCACCCUUUUGGGCAGUUGCAUAUAGCUCAGUGAGUUAAGGAUCCAGUUACUGCAGUGGCUUGGGUUGCUGCUGUGGCACGGAUUUGACCCCUGGCCCGGGAAUGUACAAAUUUUCCCUUUUUAGUGUUUUUACUUAAUUUGUUUUUUAUUUAUUUUCUUUUUAGGUCCACACUGCAGCAUAUGGAAGUUACCAGGCCAGGGGUUGAAUUGGAGCUGCAGCUGCUGGUCUAUGGUACAGCCACAGCAACACUGGAUUGGAGCCGCAUCUGUGACCUAUGCUGCAGCUCAAGGCAAUGCUGGACCCUUAACCCAAUGAGCGAGGCCAGGGAUCAAACCUGCAUCCUCAUGAAUACUAGUCAAAUUCUUAAUCCACUGAGCCACAACGGGAACUCCCUUUUAGUGUUUUCAGAGUUGUGACAAAUCUCAUGGAGCCAUCACCACAGCCAGGAUACAGAACAUUUCUCCCCAGAAUUCACCACUAGCCCCCUGGCAAGCGCCACAGUGUUCCCUGCCACCCCCCUGCUUCUUCCAGACUGUCACAAAGAGGGACGCACGCUGACAGUGGAGCCUUUUGGGUCCAGCUACCUUCGCUCAGCUCCAUGUGUGAGAUUCACCCGGGGUUGGUGGUGGUGUCAAUGAUUCCUUCCUCAUUGCUCAGGAGGGUCCCACUGCCUGGAGGUGUCAUGGUCUGUGGACCCAGUCACUGGUUAUUCAGGAUUGUUCCCUGUUUGGGGUGAUUAUGAAUCAAGCCAGACCAGACCCUCGCCUGCAGGUCUCUGGGUGAAGAGACAUUUCCAUUUCUCUCUGGUAAACCCCGAGAGAGGGAUUGUAGGUCGUAAGACGAGAGUUUGUUUAACUUUGUAAGAAACUGCCGGUGUUCUCCAGCAUGCUGCACCAGCUUCUAUUGGCCUGGUGUGGUUGUGGCUGUGCCUCCAGGAUUCCUGUGCAGCUGGCCUCAGCUGCUUGCACAGGCAAAGAGGGAGGCGAGAAGCUCUGCUCACAGGCUAGUGCCAGGAUGAAAUGCAGUACCCUCUGCCUUUUUUUUUUUUUUUUUUUUUUUUGCUUUUUAGGGCCACACCCGUGGUGUAUGGAAGUUCCCAGGUCAGGGGUCAAAUUGGAGCUACAGUUGCCCCCGCACAGCAAUGCCAGAUCUGAGCUGCAUCUGCAACCUACACCAUAGCUCACGGCAAAGCCAGAUCCUUAACCCACUGAGCAGAACCCUGGAUCGAACCCCCAUCCUCAUGGAUACCAGUCAGGUUUGUUACCACUGAGCCACAAUGUGAAUGCUAGGAAAUGUUCUAAAUCUCGGUCUAGGUAGAAGCUGCAGGGAUAUGUAUACAUUACAUAUAAUCAUCAAGCCAUACGUUUUAAGAUGUGUGCCCUUUACUGUGUAAGCUACAUCUCAAUGAAAAGCAGCCACCUGCUAUAACUGCACAUGUGGAUUUCCAGGCUUCUGUUCUCAGAAGACCCUGUGGGGCCAGGGCUCUGACAUUUGGGAAGAUAGGGUCUGGCCGCUGGUCCCCAGCACCGCCCCUCCUAGCCUGUCAGUGGGCUGAUUUGCAUGCCCUGUUGAGGUCCAGUGGCCUCCCCUGUGUGCCCUGAAGCACCUGGAGCCUCCCAACUCAAGGACUCCUACCUGCCUCCCAGCCUCCAGCUAUGGCCUGCUGGCACCUGGCCCUCCUUCUGAUUGGGGUCCUCCUGGAAGUCUCCCAGCCGGCCCUGGCCCAGCGGAACUCACUGCUGGUCUUCCCAGGCCAAGUGGCCCAACUCUUGUGCAUGCUCAGCCCCCGUCAUGCCACCGUUGGGGACUACGGCGUGUCUUGGUAUCAGCAGCGGGCAGGGAGUGCCCCCCGCUUGCUCCUCUACUACCGCUCAGAGGAGGACCACCACCGGCCCCCUGACAUCCCUGAUCGCUUCUCAGCAGCCGCGGAUGCCGCCCAUAACUCCUGCAUCCUGACCAUCAGCCCUGUGCAGCCUGAGGAUGACGCCGAUUAUUACUGCUUCGUAGGCAUCAAAUCAUAGGGGGGGAUGUGGGAUGAGUGCCUCCCAUCUGCCUUCUGCUUCUUUCCUGACCCUGGGACCCUAUCUUUCCCUGAGCCUUGAUUUUCCUCUUCUGUAAAAUGGGAUAACAAUAUUCAACAUGUCAAAAAUAACUAUUCAAAAAAAAACAAAAACAAAAACAAAAAACUA